CCUUUCUAUACAAAAACAAUACACAGGUAUGUUUAUCGGCUGCCCACUCAGAUUUCUCUUCCACACACGCACAGUCAAUUCUUGUUUGGCUCUCGAGAAUUGAAACCCCAUUUCCCGACAAAUCAAGAGAGAGUAUUAGAAAUGGAUUAUCGAGCUUUGACAGCGUUACUCUCCUCCCUAAUCUCACAACUCGUCCUCCUCCUUCUCCUCAUUUUCCCUUCCUCUGACCCUCUCACCAUCUCCAAUUCCUCUCUCUACGAAAACCUAAUUCCUCUCCUCCACCAUUUCCUCUCCACCUCGGAAAUCGUCACUUCCCUCUCUCUCCUCUCCAUUUCCAGGAAACGGAAACGAACCCACCAACCAGAAGUCGAUUCCAAGGACUCAGAGGAGGAGCUCGAACCAGGACUCGGUCAACUGAGUCGACUCAACUCGGCCAUUCCGCAGAACCCCGACUCGUUCAAGCUCUGUUUCCGAAUGAGUUCUUCGACCUUCGAGUGGCUCUCUGGCCUUCUCGAGCCACUGCUCGACUGUCGCGACCCAGUUGGGUCACCCCUUUCUCUCACCGCCGAAUCCCGACUCGGUAUCGGCCUUUUCCGGCUGUCCUCCGGCGCCGAUUACCAGGAAAUAUCGGGGCGGUUUGGGGUUUCAGAACCGAUUACCAAAUUCUGUGUCAAACAGUUAUGCCGUGUUCUUUGCACGAAUUUCAGAUUCUGGGUUGGUUUUCCGAGCCCACAGGAGCUCGAAUCCGUUUCAGCAGCAUUCGAAACCCUGACCGGAUUGCCCAAUUGUUGUGGAAUUAUUGAUUGUACGAGGUUCAGGAUAGUAAGAAAUAGUGUGCAUGAAUCAUCAUCGGAAGAUAAAUUCAGUGAAGAGAGCAUUGCAGCACAAAUAGUUGUGGAUUCGUCGUCGCGAAUUCUGAGCAUAGUUGCAGGUUUUCAUGGUGACAAGGGCGAUUCUCGGGUUCUCAAGUCUUCAACUUUGUAUAAAGAUGUUGAAGGAGGGGGUUUAUUGAAUUCUCCGCCAAUGUACAUAGAAGGUGUGGCUAUACCUCAGUACUUAGUUGGGGAUGGAGGGUACCCUUUGCUACCUUGGCUACUGGUUCCAUUUGUUGAUCCAAUGCCGGAGUCAUUUGAAGAUAAGUUCAAUUCGGCACACCAUUUGAUGCGUCUACCGGCUCUUAGAACAAUUGCGAGUUUGAAGAAUUGGGGUGUACUGAGCAAACCAAUGGAAGAGGAGUUCAAGACUGCAGUGGCUUACAUUGGUGCUUGUUCCAUACUUCAUAAUGUUUUGCUGAUGAGGGAGGAUUAUUCGGCUUUGUGUGACGAAUUGGGUGAUUAUUCGUUGCAUGAUCAGAGCUCUCAGUACUAUGGGGCUACUGAGGAUUCAAUUGAGAGAAAUGCUUCUGUUAUACGAAAUGCAUUGGCUACUAGGGCAAAAGAGUUCAUAAAAUCAGAUCAUACUUUGGACUCCAGUAGUUCAGUACAGUUGCAGCUCAACUAAGAAAUCAUGGAUUUGCAGCGUUUGAUAUCAGAGUAUUUACAAAACUUUAUUCAACAAUUUUUGAGAUAGAUUCAGUGGUGAGAUGACCCCAUUUGUGCAUAUGGUCCAACACUUUGACACUAUCUUCUAACUGUUCUUCCUGGAUGCAGAAGAUGCCUUCAUGUACUGAAAAUGAGGCAGUGAAGAACCAGCGUGUCCGUGAAGAUGAAACCAGUGUUUAGAUGAAUGCAUAUCUAAAUUCUAAAGAUGAUCGUGGUAGUUCAUCUCGAGAUCAGGAUGGUAUACAUUUGCAGAAUAUGGUAAGGAAGACAUUUACAAUUUGUUUUGAAAAGAGUUGCAAGAUAAGAAGAGCUGAAACGAUGCAAGUAAAUCCAGUUACACGUUAGUCUCACAGAAAAUUCCAUCUUGAAUUGAGCGGAAUAAUGGUUUACGUGUCUCGGAAUGGUUGGGUAUGGCUUUGUUGAAUUAAGUUGAAGGAUUUUUUUAUUUUUUUUCCCUAAUCAUUGUAUUAUUAAUAUCAUACAAAACUGAUACCAAAGAACAGCAUCUGAUGUUAACAGAGCGCCAUUUUCUUAUUC